AUGUCAUCAUCAUUACAAGCUGAAUUUCUUAGUGUAUUAAUUGGUAUAAUGCGUAAAAUUGAUAUUAUUACAGUUUUAACAUCAUUAACAAUUAAUGUUAAUGAACUUAAACUUCUUUUACAUUAUCUUAAAACAGAAUAUCGAAUAUGGAAAAAAAAACAUGCUGUUAAAUUAUUAAAUAUAUUUAAAAGUCUUCCAUAUCGACAUGAACCUGAUGAAUUUUUUAAUUUUCCUGGUCGAAAUCGUUCUGAAAAACCAUAUUUAUAUUGGUUCUGUACAUCGAAAGGUCAUGGUUAUACAGCAUAUUUUGUUGGUAAUUGUUUAGUAAUAUCAUAUUCAAAAUUAAAAGAAAAAACAUUUCAACAUUGUAUACAAUUUGAAUUUAAACUACGAGAGUGGUAUAUGAUAAGAUUUGCGCAUCAAUAUCAACGUUGGGGUAAAAAAAGUAGUAUACAUUUUUAUAUAAACGGUCAAAUUGUAUCAAAUGCAUAUUUUCCAUGGAGUAUUGAAAGUGGUGAUUUAUUUGAUAAAUGUUUUAUUGGUUGUAUACCUGAUCAUCAUGAUUUAACAAGUUUUUCCUGUUUAUAUAAAUUAGGACCACCAUAUAAAAAUCAAUUUAAAUUUGAAAAUGAAAGUGCACAUGUUCUAUCUGAUCUACAACGAAGAGUCAUGUAUGAUAGUAAAUUAAUGAAUUCAGUUGUAUUUAAUUAUAAUCGAAUUGCAUGUGAAGAUCAACUUGUUUUACAAGCUGCACCUACAACAAAUAUUUCAUAUUUCAUUCAUACAGCACUAUUAAUAUCAAAUGCUUAA